AUGGAUGCCUUGGACGAUAUAACUGGUUCAGUUAUUGUGUACUCCCGGGCCAAUUGUACCCACAGUUUGAAGGCUAAAUUACUGUUGGCCGAUCUUGGGAUCCCUCAUCUGGACAUUUCCCUCGAUGCAUUUCCCCAGGUAAAACGUAACAUUUACAUUGUAUUUUCUAAGGUUGAAACAAAACUAGUUAUAUCAUUUUUUGUAUUUUUGGAUUAAUUUUGAAAAUUUUUGUAAAGGGUAGGGGGACUCUCCCCAUAAACCAUGGCUUUUUGACGGGCGCAUCUCAGAUAAAGUUUGAGGUGAUAAACAAAUGUUUGUCUUUCAUCUCAAACCCAUUUUGUCUGAAAAAUCAUGGCCAAUUCCAAUUGCAGAUCGAUGCUCAGCUCGAGGCGUUGGUUGGGGGCACCUUUGUGACACCCCAGAUCUUCUUCAACAACAUCAGAGUUCCCGGUUACGAGAGUUUGAGACGUUUGGUGAGCAAUUAUGAUUAUCAUUCCUUAUCAGAAUUCAUGCGUCUUUCGCUACUUUUGAUUUAUGUUCUAGGUUGCUACUCCUGAACUCUGGCAAGAAGUUCUCGACAUGUUGACAGACCAAGAUAACAACAGUCAAUGGAGUGGUGAUGACAUUGAUGACAUCAUUCCCUUGGAACAGGACAAGAUGCUGCACAUGAUGAGGAAAGCGAAUCUGAUCCGAGAGAGGCCCGGAGGCGUCCUGGGACAUAGGAAUUCGAUGAAGGGACAGGAUUUUGUGAACUGGCUAAUCAAAGAAAAACAAGUCAGUAAGUUUCUGGAAUAAACAGCAUUGUCUUUAGAACGGAGCGACGCCCUCGUCUUGGGGCAGAAACUAAUCGACAAGCAUUUUGGUCAUCAAUUAAAGGAACACGCGACCUUCAACCCAGACAAAUUCUAUCAAAUGCCGGAGGAUGAUCCAAACAUGCCAUUGAAUUUGACCACGAGAGAACUUCCCAGAACACCAAUGAAUGUGGACGAAUUCAACGAGCGGUUUUGCAUGAUUGUCGACAGGAUUUAUGAGCAUAUUCUAAGUGACAAUAUGAUUGUAAGCGACCCCAUACUCAGAGACUGACUUUUAGGAUGUAUUCUACGACAGGUUAGAUGUUUGUACGGCUUUUGAUGACUACAAAGACUUCAUCCCCCUGCUGGCAAGUCUAGAUCUGUCUGAUUCCACGGCCGAAGAAAGGAUUGCCUUAUUUAUCAACAUCUACAACAUGAUGUUGAUCCACAUUGUUUACAAAUACGGACCUCAUUCUAACAUCUGGCAGAAGAGAAAGUAUUUCAACAACACUUAUUACUUGAUCGAUCAUCAACGGUAUUCUCUCCAAUCGAUAUACAACGGCGUCUUGAGAGGGAACAGAAAAGGACCAGAGAUGUUAUGGAAACCAUUUGGGAAAGCGGAUCCGAGAAGGAGAGUAAGAACACACACCCGCGAGUACAUCUGUUUCAGAUUAUCAUUAAAAAUGGAGAGCCAUUGACCCAUUUCGGCCUAAAUCAAUACCGAUCUCAUGGGACUCCAUUGAGGACUUACCGAAGUAAUGUAAGUGUACAAGUACUAUAACUAAAAUAUCCGUCUAGACUGUUAUCACCGACCUUAGAAAGAAUGCACAAGCCUUCCUUUCAUCCUCAGAAAACUUUAAAUUGGAUGUCAAAAAGCAGGUCGUAUCCAUCUCCCCCUUAUUUAAACAGUAUUCAAUAGACUUUGGAAAUCUUCCUGAACAUGUAAGUUAAUAUCAAAUUGAUACAAUCCUCUAGGCGGUAGAAUUUCUAAUAGAAUUUGUAAUGGAAGACGGCCUUGAGAGAGAUGUGUUGAUCAAGAUGUUUGAAACCAACCAAUACACAGUCAAUUUCCUAGAGCCAAGUACCGAAACCAACUUCGUGAAGGAAGAGAAGGUCAAGUAA